AUGUCGAAAGGCAAUUACCAAGUUGUACGGUUUAAACACGAGAAGUUAGUUUUUGAAGCCUUAUUUAAGCCUGGCUGUGCUUUAAAAGUCCGAGAAGGAAAGUUGAGUCUUUCUAAUGCGACAUUUUCGGAUGAGAUCUAUAUGGCGCCCCACCAGAAGGGAACCCUAUCGAAACCUACGGACCUUGCAAAGGCCUUUCCGGGCUUAAAGGGAACGGAAGCGAUACUUCAGUUCAUGGCGGAGAAAGGUGAAAUCCAAUUUACAACAGAAGAACGCAAACAACAGACUGAAGAGAAGAAGAAGCGACUUAUUGAGUACGUCCACAUGUACUACGUUGACCCAACAACAGACAAACCCCAUCCCGUUGUACGUAUUAAUAACGCGUUUGAAGCUAUGCACCUUGCAAUUGACCCGGACGCGCCAAUGGAAAAGGAGAUCAAAGAAAUUGAAAAGAAGAUCAAUGCGGUCUUACCCGUGAAGAGAGUUGAGAUGGAAAUAGUGGUUACCAUCCCAGAAAAUUAUUGUAAAGUGGCCGACCCAGUCUUAAAAAAGUAUGGGAAAGUGGCCGGAAUGAAUGAGGGCGGAAGUGAUCGUGUCUAUCGAGUCACAAUCGUCCCUGGUGACUUCGACACAAUCAACAAGGAACUCGCUAAAGUGACUCGAUCAAAUUACCAAAUCGACACCCCAGACGGUCACAAAGUCCAGAAGGAUAGCAAGAAGAGUGGGAAGAAGAAAUAG